AUGAAGGUCACAUAUGCAUUGACAGCCUUGAGCUUGCUCGGCGUAGCAAUUGCUCUCCCUACUCCAGUUGAUACAACAGAGGCCAAACGGGAUGCAGCACCAGCAGAAGAGGCUACCAACUACUUCUAUGCUGUUCAGAAGAAGGAUGCUGUGCCCGAAGAAGCUUCCAAUAUUUUCUAUGCUGUUCAGAAGAAGGAUGCUGCACCGGAAGAAGCUGCAACUAACUGGUUUUAUGCUGUACAAAAGCGGGAUGCCAUACCAGAAGAAGCUUCCAACAUUUUCUACGCUGUUCAAAAGAAGGAUGCUGCACCAGAAGAAGCUGCAACUAACUGGUUUUAUGCUGUGCAAAAGCGGGAUGCUGUGCCAGAAGAGGCUUCGAACAUUUUCUAUGCUGUUCAGAAGAAGGAUGCCGAGCCAGAAGAAGCUGCAACCAACUGGUUCUAUGCUGUACAAUAG